AUGAGAAGUGUUUUCAAAUCACUAGGUUCGUACAGAAGCCAAGUCUUCCAGCAGAGCCCAAAGACAAGCCAUCUCGCCCAGGCUUUCCACACCACCUCCGCACCAGACCUCUACACUGCCAACCAUCUCAUCUGGAAGCACGUAAGGUGUGGGCAAUUAGACGUCGCCCGCCAACUGUUUGAACAAAUGUCUCAAAAAAACGUUGUUACUUGGACUUCACUUGUUUCGGGCUAUUCCCAACAUGGAAAGGUAGACCAAUCCUUCAGCUUAUUCUCUGAAAUGUUAUUUCAUUACAGACCCAAUGAUUUUGCUUACGCAAGCGUGCUCUCUGCUUGUGAUUAUUCUCGUGGAAUGCAAGUGCAUUCACUUGCUUUGAAAACUGGUUUUUACUCGUGGGUUUAUGUGGCUAAUGCUUUGAUCUCAAUGUACUGGAAAAAUAGUAGUGAUGUCGGUGGAGUUGAGCCUUGGAAGGUGUUUGAUAACAUGGAGUUUCGCAAUCUUGUUACCUAUAAUUCGAUGAUUGCGGGGUUCCGUAUGCAUGAACAUGGGUAUCAAGCUAUGAGUUUUUUCAUGACAAUGUGUCGUGAUGGUUUUGGAUUAGACCGUGCUACGCUUUUAAGUUUAGUUUCUUCUUUACACGGAGGUGAUGAGGGAAAUGAUUAUCUCACGGGUCUUCAGUGUUGUUUGCAGUUACAUUGUGUUGGUAUUAAAACAGGCUUGGCGUUGGAUGUCGGACUGGUGACUGCUUUAGUGAAAGCUUAUUCUACGCUUGGAGGAGAGGUAGAUGAUUGCAAUAAAUUAUUUCUGGAGACAAGUGGGAUGCGCAGGGAUGUUGUUUUAUGGACUGGAAUAAUGAAUGCAUUCGUUGAAAGGGACCCCAGACAAGUUCUUUCCCUCUUUAAUCAGUCGCGCAGAGAGGGUAUAUUUCCAGAUUCUUAUGUAUAUUCAACUAUAUUGAAAGCUUGUGCAGGCUUCGUCACAGAGAGGCAUGCCUCAGCCGGGCAUUGUCAGGUGAUUAAAGCAGGUUUCGUGGAUGUUAUAGCGCUUGAAAAUGCAUUAAUUCAUGCUUAUGCAAGGCUUAUGCGAUUCAUGGGAAGGCUGAGGCAGCAUUGA